AUGAUUCAUUAUCUACUCCUGCAUCUGAUUCUGAAUCUUCAGGCCCCUAUGACCGCGAUCGCAACCGUGAGCUGUCCUCCUUCGUGCUGUCCGCUGUUGAUGAUGUCGCAGGUAGUGUCUCCAGUAUCAAGCAAGCAAUGCGGAAUCUCAGAAACCAUUACAAAGAAGUUGGAGCCAGCAGAAUCAAGAGCUCUGCAGUGCUUCGAUUGGCAACGAGGUCCAAGUUCAAUACUGUCCGUGACUUCUUUAGUUUUUGCCAUGUACCGGUCGAUGACAAUCGUGGAGAGCACUGACAUCUUUGGUCGCCACGGAGAUCUUACUUUGCAGGAGCAAUUUGACUUGGCGUACAUGAGCUUCAAAGAGUUUCUCAAGACAGCCAAGAUUCGCUGUUCCCAACCUCCAUUCACUGUGAAGCUUGUUGUGAAGUCAUCGGAUGAAAUCCUCAUGACAGGAAAGGCAUACAACAAUCGGUGCAUACAAUUGUGGCUUGAGCACGUCAUGCGCACUGCAGCUGCGAUGCACACCUCGGAUGAACGAAUUGGCCAUAUGUCAGUGUGCAUGACGGCGCUUGCGAGAUUCAUGCAUUUGGUGGAGGCUGCCCCUCGCUUCUUGUCGCAACGACAGGCAGAUGAGAUCCAUCACGAAGGAAUGCUUUUUGCUAGGAUGCACGUUUUGCCCAAUGCUGAAAGCGCAAGGCUUGGGAAGCCGCAUUUUGUCAUCCGUCCUAAACUGCAUGCCUUUGCACACCUCCUCUUACAAGUUCGAAAGAGAUGCAACUUUCGAUACCACCAUUGCUUCGUGGACGAGGAUAACAUGGGAUGGCUUCGACGUACGGUGCUACGAGCUCAUGGUGCCAAUCAAAGGGGGUGGGCAUUGCGUAUGAGCAAACUUCGCCUGUGGACCUUGAAACACAAGAUAUUCAAGCUGCGUCAAUCCUCUAAUCGGAGGAAGUGA